AUGGUAUCCUCCCUUAUUGAUAAUGAUACCAAAUGGGGGAAAGUAGAAGUGGUCAGGUCCAUCUUUUUACCCUUUGAAGCUAGCACAAUUUUAAAAAUCCCUCUUAACUAUAAUCUACCCAAAGACAACCUCAUUUGGAUAGGCAAUAAACUAGGGGUCUUUACAGUCAAAAGCGCAUACCACAUUGCUUCAAGCCUUGUGGACUUAAAUGAGGAUGGGGAGUGCUCAUUGUCUGAUUUAAAAACAUUGUUGUGGAAGAGGAUUUGGGGCCAGAAAGUUCCACAAAAGCUCAAAAUUUUUGCUUGGCGAACUUGUGUAAAUGGCCUUCCUACUAUGCUCAACUUAAGUCACAGGUGUAUUCAUUGCUCAAGCUUUUGCCCUCCAUGUGACAAGGCUAUCGAAUCCACUGCCCAUGCUCUACUCCUCUAUGAUCACGCCAAGCUGACUUGGACACAAUGGCACAAUUGUCUAGUUGAUGUUACUUCCUCAUCCAGAGAACCAGUGGACAUUGCCUUAGACAUUAUUGAGAAAGGUUCCCCAAAUGAUUUGGAGGUUUUCUUUGCAGUGGCAUGGUCCAUUUGGUGGAAUCAUAACCAAGCUUUACAUGAUGACUCGGGCACUCCUUCAAGGCAGGUUUGGGAGAUGGCAAACAGAAUUCUUGGUGAGUAUAAAGAUGCUUGUUCCCUCCCUGCUUUUUCUCCAACCCCUACCCCAUUGGCUUGGCAAGCCCCUCCCUCGGGUUUCUUCAAGGUUAAUGUUGAUGGUGCUGCUUCAGACGAUGGCAGGCCUUCUAGUAUUGGUGUGGUGAUGCGUGAUAGUCGGGGCUUCCUCAUUGCAGCAUCAAACAAAAUUCUUCCAGCACCUUUCUCUGUUGAGAUCACUGAAGCAAUGGCACUGCAAGAAGGGGUGUUGCUUGCUUUAGAUAUGGGAAUCUCCCAUGUCAUUGUGGAGUCCGAUGCUCUCUCAAUUAUUCAAGCUAUCUCUGAUUGUGAUCUGGGCGGUGAACAAGGGCACAUUAUUCAGAACAUUAAAGAUAUCUCUUCCUCUUUUUCCUAG